AAACAAAUAAAAAUUUUUUAAACAUUGUAAGUCGCCUUUUUUGUUAAAAUUAAAUGUUUUUAAGACAAUUUCCUGUGAAAAUUUGUAAAAUUUAGAAAUGAAACCAGAAUUUACCGUGUUGGAUCAUUACACGACCCUCGGAACUCAGGUUGUUUCUUGCAAUUAUUGCCAAAAAGUGAUAAGUUACAACAAAUCAACGACAAAUUUGGUCAAACACUUUGAAAAAGAGCACAAAAACGAGUCCUUGAUAGAAGAAAUCAUCGAAGAAAUUGAAGAAACGCCCCAAAAUGAGACAAAUUUCGAGCCGAAAACACAAACUGUGGACCAGUCGUGCCGAAUUUGCCUCUGUGACUUGUCCGGAUUAGAUUUUUUUAGUCUCCAGGAUUGUUUGAAGAACUUCAAUGACGUCACUUACCUCGAGGUUUUCCAAAAAUUAAUGGGAUUUGACGUGACAGAGCAUGAACCGCAAAAUUUGUGUCUGAAUUGUGCGUCAAAAUUAGUCGACGCUUUUGAAUUACGUCAAAAAUGUGAAGAAACGCAACGAAUUUUGGACGAAUUAAUGUCUCAAGAGGCUUUUGAGGAGGAAGGAAGUCAAUUAAAACUUGAUAUUGAGGCAAAUGACGAUGAAAUUGUGAUGAUAGAGGAGCUAAUUGACGAUGAAAAUGUCGAAAUUGAGGAAAAUUUGAAUGAAAUUUGUUCGAAAAGUUCAAAAAAUGUUUCUAAAGAUGCAGUUUUUGAUGAAAAUACGGAAAUUUUUCGUUGCAGCUCGUGUGGAUUAGUCUACAAAUCCGUUAGAGCCUUGAGAUCUCACUACAAAACCUCCCAUCCGUCGUUAAAAACGGAAAAAUGUCAAUUCUGCUACAUGAAAUUCUUCCCGCAGCUCGUCGAUAUUCACAUGAUGCACUGUUCUCGUCGUCACUCCAUCGUGCAGCAACUUUGCCCAGUCUGUGGCAAGGCUGCUUCUCGCAACCACAUCUAUCGACACAUUGCACGUUCGAAGGCCAUCGACGAAACGGGUCGCAUUAUCGAAAAACCCUUCGUUUGUGACAUUUGCGGCGCCCGGGCAACCACAAAAAACGGCAUUGGCAUCCACAUCAAAGCGCUUCACCUGAAUUUUCGGAUCCAGUGCGACUUUUGCGACGUUCAAGUCAAGUCCCGAAGCAUCCUUGCCGCUCACAUGCGACGUUUCCAUCCGGAAAUUAAGAAAAUGCUGCGAUGCGAACACUGCGAAUUCCAAACGGCGAGUGCCCCGAGUCUCAUCAGGCACAAAGCGGCUCAUUUUGGGAAACGACCUCACAAAUGCGAUCGUUGCGACAAGCGAUUUGUCACGAAAAACCAAUUAAAAAUCCAUCAGGCGACACAUUCCGAUGCCAGACCGCACAAAUGCGAAAUUUGCGAGUCGCCGUUCAAGACGCGAAAAGCCCUGGGAGCGCACAUGAAGACGCACAAAGCGCACGAAUACGAAUGUCCCGUGUGUCGAAAGUCGUAUUUGACGAAUCAACAAAUGAGGCAGCACGUGACGAAAAAUCAUCCGGGGUUCGAGUUGCCACCGAGCGGAACGAUUUUGAAUAAGACGUGGCACGCGAAGAAGGCGGAAUUCGAGAUGAAACGAGAAAUGACGAAAAUUUGCAUUGAAGAGCUCGAAGAAACGAUAUCAGUUGAAUAUUAAAUUAAAAAAAAAAGAUUUCCUUUGAAGUCAUUUCAUAAGUCC